AUGUCUCUAUUGCCUGCCUUGUUUUUCGCCUGUUCCAUUUGGAGUUGCCGAAGUGCAAAUUCUUGCUGGUCAGGAGAGUACAGUUUUGCUCGGUGUUGUUUGGUGGAAAAUGCAGAGUGCUGGGGUGGCACAUUCACCUACGAAAGCUGCUGCUUGCAAGAGUCGUUGUUAUCCGAUGCAGAUGCUCGACAUAUCGAAAAGCUAGCCGACAACGAUCUGGAUUGUGGCUGUGCAGUGCCUGAUCUGGGGCCACCUGCAUUUCAGGGCGGCUCGUUCACGUGGUGCAAAUUUCGUCAAGCAGUAAUGUUGAAUCAGGACCUACGUCCGUUCUACAUGCCCUUUUUGCAACUUUCGGUGGCGAUGCUCGGUGCUUGCCCGCUGGGGGCGCUCUCCAUGAUGCUGCUGGAUGCAUCACUGAAGAUGUCGAAUUCCAAGGUGCCACCUGACUUGCACAAGUUGCCGAGCUUCCUGAGGGCACAGGAGAUGAUGCAGCUACUUCUGCGGGUUGAGUCAGUGUCCCUUCUUGGCGUUGCAACUUCUGGAUGGAUGAUCUUCAACCAGAUGAGCAACCUCCGUGGAGCUGUGCAACGGCGCUUGGGUGGCACUUGGGGCAACGCCGAAUGUCUACGGGUACCAGCUGCUCAGACCCACGCUGCAAGGAUCUAUCAGAUCGUCGCAGAUGCUGUGAAUUUCGUCCCGAUAGGCAUCACCAGCCUCUUGCAGGCUUUGCUGGAUGAAAGCACAGCCAUCAAUUGCAGUCUGGCCCGUGCUGGUCUGUUCUUGCUCGCGGCACAGUCCAUGCUGCAGCAGACAUUUCUUCCAGAAGAAGCAGCCCUCGCACAAGUGCCAGGGGCACCACCUGGGCCUGGAAUGGAAGCCCGGAGCUUGCUGCGAGUCGGCGAGGCCAGCAUCCGCCAGGCAAUGGAUUCCGAGGGCAAGGCAUCUGGUCUCGGUGCACUGGGCCUGUUGAUGGCCUCGCCUUGGCCAUUUACCGAAGUGCUGGAUCUGCUCAGCUAUCCUGGGCGCCUUGUGCUGCCAGUCGCGAAUGCAAUGCAAACUAUAUUGGAGUUGCCAAAGGAACACCCGCUGCUGGAGCGAGCAAUGACGACAGCAAGCGGCCACAGUGGGAGCGAUUCUGAAGCCAGAAGUUACAUAUUCCGAGUGAACCCAUACCGAGAAAUGGUGAGUGACAUGGUGCGCUACACAAGGCUUCCCUUUUGUGGCUUGCGGCCGUUUAUGCGUAUGGUGGCUGACAUUGCGAAGAAUGCGCUGCAAGCGGGCUGCGCCAAUAAUGCCGCCUUCUCGGGCGACGCGGAGACAUGCAAGUUCACUUUCGUCGAAGGAGGCCCACACCUGGGUGACUGUGCAUUGUGGGCAUCUGCGAGCCUCCGCCUCGCAGGAGUGCAGACGAGGGCGCUGGCCUUCGAGCCACUGCCGGAUGCGGCCACCCUUUUCCAGCAGAGUGUCGCCGAGAAUGGCUUGUCUUCAUCUGUACACGUGCGCAACGCAGCGCUUGGUGAGACAACUGGGCAGACCGAGCUGAUCCAUUUCCGGGGUCACAAUGGUCAGGCCACUGUGAAUGGACGCGAUUUUCCGUCACAAGACAGAAGGGAGGUUGUGACCAUACCAGCUUUGGAGCUGGCAUUGGAUACUGAAGUUCCAGCGAUCUGGCCACGCAUCGAUGCGCUCAAGCUGAGUGUCAACGGCGCUGAGAGGAACACGCUCGCCGGUGCUCGCAAGUUGCUGUCCAAGCGACGGAUUUGCUCUGUGCUGAUGCAUGCUACAAAAUGUAAGAGGGGCAGGCGUCCACCUACGGAAGACCCAGCUCCUGAUUCAAACGUAUCCAAGUUCGCCCAUGACUUGAUGACAUUUCUCCAUGAAGGGAACAUGGAUGUUUAUGAGCACAAUGAUGCCACCACUGGAGAAGGAAGGGGUCGAGUUCAACGAGUUCGCUCAGCCGGCGAGAUGGAUUCGAUCUUCGAUGAUCCCCAGCUCACGGAGCAGGUCUACUUUCUGGCUCUUUCUCGGGACAGCCAUUGUAGCCGCGCGCAGCGGCAUUUCCAUGCAGCAGCUGGAAGACCUACAGACGGACCGCUGGAGGACCCUGGACAUUGA